GGUAGCUGCAGCUGUAGCGGUGGCGUUUGGAGCGGACGCGACAGAACUUACAGAUAUCACCUCCGACGCUUAAUAGUUCUCCUGCUGUAAUUUCUUGGAGAUAGGGUCUCUCUACAAAGCCCAAGCUGGCCGCCACCUCACGAUCCUCUUGCUUCCAUCUCUGGAAUGCUGGGGUUACAGAAACUGGAUGGCUUCUACAGGGAGCCAGGCCUCUGAUAUAGACAAGAUUUUUGGAUUCUUCAAUGAUGGCGAACCUCCCACCAAAAAGCCCAGGAAGCUGCUUCCAAGCUUGAAAACCAAGAAACCUCGAGAACUCGUGCUGGUGAUUGGCACAGGCAUUAGUGCUGCAGUUGCACCACAGGUCCCAGCCUUGAAAUCCUGGAAGGGGUUAAUUCAGGCCUUGCUGGACGCUGCUAUUGAUUUUGAUCUUCUGGAAGACGAGGAAAGCAAAAAGUUUCAAAAGUGUCUCCAUGAAGACAAGAACCUCGUCCAUGUUGCCCAUGACCUCAUUCAGAAACUCUCCCCUCGUACCAGUAAUGUUCGGUCCACAUUUUUCAAAGACUGUUUAUAUGAAGUAUUUGAUGACCUGGAGUCAAAGAUGGAAGAUUCGGGAAAACAGCUCCUUCAGUCUGUUCUCCAUCUAAUGGAAAAUGGAGCCCUAGUAUUAACUACAAAUUUUGAUAAUCUCCUAGAACUCUAUGCAGCUGACCAGGGAAAACAGCUUGAAUCCCUUGACCUUACUGAUGAGAAAAAGGUUCUGGAGUGGGCUCAGGAGAAGCGGAAGCUAAGUGUGUUACACAUCCAUGGGGUUUAUACCAAUCCUAGUGGCAUUGUCCUCCACCCAGCUGGAUAUCAGAAUGUGCUCAGGAACACUGAAGUUAUGAGAGAGAUUCAGAAACUCUAUGAAAACAAGUCAUUUCUUUUCUUGGGUUGUGGCUGGACGGUGGACGACACCACUUUCCAGGCCCUGUUCCUAGAGGCUGUCAAGCAUAAAUCUGACCUAGAACAUUUCAUGCUGGUUCGGAGAGGAGAUGUAGAUGAGUUCAAGAAGCUUCGAGAAAACAUGCUGGACAAGGGGAUUAAGGUCAUCUCCUAUGGAAAUGACUAUGCUGAUCUUCCGGAAUAUUUCAAGAGACUGACAUGUGAGAUCUCCACAAGAGGCAGAUCAGCAGGGAUGGCAAGAGAAGGCCAGCUAAAUGGUUCAUCUGCAGGACACGGUGAAGUAAGAGGUAUACUACUUCCUAUUCUUUAUCAGUCAGCAGAGAAACUUCCUAAAACUUUGAUUGUGGAAAAUCAAAAUUUGCCUUUCCUUACCUAUUUGAAAUUCUCUGAAUCUGCUUUCUGAAAACUUAGGGCUGAGUGACUUAAGCACCGGCAGUUUCAGAUUCAUAAACUUCUUUUGUGGACUUCAUUCUUUUCCUUUUGUUUCCCCAUAGGCUGUAGUACAUGAGCAAGCUGGAGAUAUCACCAUUAGACCAUGCUAUGGGGCCUUCCUGUGGAUGUGUGUGACAAAAGCAAACAUACAAGAACUCAGAACAGCUCCCAGGAAGUACCAAUACCCUAACUUGAAGCUUGGGGUAGAAUAGGGGUAGCAGUGAUGCACCUUCCCUUCACGCUGGCUGUUCUUGAUACUCUGCUGCCUGGUUCAGUUUAAUGCCCAGUGACAUCAGGACCCAAUGCAGCUCCUACCUAUCCAGGGCAGGACACGCUCGUCUACACAGCAGACCAAUAUGAUGGCUCCUGGCUAUGGCUGCAGCUCUGCAGGACUUGGGGAGCAAGAAGUCGUGGAGUCAGUGGGCUUGUGUUGCAGUUUUGUACUCUAUUUGUUUUUUUCAAUUGAGCUAUGGCUUUUUUAAAACAUGACUUGAAGCUCUAGUUUUCUAGAUCUUUUACAGUGUACAGUAUUUUACAUAACUGAGCUGUAUUAAAAGCUUGUUCAUUUACAUGCCAGA